AUGCUAAAAGAACUGUGGUCACAUAAACUGAAAAAAUCAUCAAAAUUAGCGUUUAUUAAACAUUUAUUGAGACAAAAUAAAACAGCAACAGCAUUAGUAAAUGAUCAAAUUAACGAAACACAAGAAGAUAAUGAAGAAAAUGAGGAUGUGGCGUUUUAUGCUAUGGAUGAACAUUGUCGAUUAUUGUCCAAAGAAAAAAAUACUGAACAUACCGAAUCAUUAUUUUAUUUAACACGUAUAAUUGAAUAUCUCAAACGAAAUGUUAAACCAAAAGAAGAUUUAUCCUCAUCUUCACAUAAUCGUUUAUUGCGUCGUUCAUCUCGUGUUAAACGUCAUUUAUAUCGCUGUCAAUGUUGUCAAAAUUUGGAUGAAAAUGGUGAAUACGAAAAUCAUGAAAAUAAACAACUUGAAGAAUUUAUACAAAAAUAUUUAAACUUUGAUCAAAAACAGGGAUCCACUCGUCAAAGUCAAACUCUUCCAAUUAUAUCGAAUGAACUUGCUCAAAUAGCUGUUAUUUCUCUGGUUACUAAAAAUGAUCUUAAGAUGGAUUUUGAUUUACCGCAGUCAUUACUCUCAUCAAUUGAAAACCAAUUGUGUUCCACAUUAAUUGAGCCAACAUCACCCACGUCAAAUCCUUCAUCAUUUUUUCAAAAUUUGGCGGCAACAACGAUGGCAACAUUAAGAGAACAAAAUCCAUCCUCAUUUUUAGAUACCAUUCUCGAUGCAAAUGAUGGUGGCGAUGAUCUAUUAGCUGAAACGUUGCCUUCAGCUCAAGAUUUUGAUUUUUUACAAAAUGAUUUCGAUUUUGGUAUAUCCAAUGAAACAAUUGCCGAUUUUGAUCAAUUUAUGGAACAUUUACAACUACAAGAUCCUGAACAAGAACAUCAACAGCAGCAAGAAUCUGAAUCAGAUCAAUAUUUUAUUGAGACAAUGGUAAACGAACCAAUAUUUGGCCAUUUUAAAGUUGAACUGUGCAUUCGAGUAUGA